AUGUCAGGCAACACCCUUAGAGGCACGCCCAAUCGCGGCCAGGCCCGUGGAGGCAUCCCCUUCACCCAGAGCCCCUCCGUCACAGGCUCUGCACCUCCCGCCGCCGUAUCCUCCGGCAUUCCGCGCCCUGUCCUAGAAACCCAGGCUACCCAGAGCGAAGUUGGCGGCGGCGGCGGUGGUGGUGGAUCAGGAGUCAGUGCCAGUCGUCAGAAGCAGACCAAGAGAGAUGAGUACCCCACGAUCACGGACGGCCAUUGA